GCACUGCUUUAGCUUCGAUCGUGUAAUAACAAUAUCACACCAACAUGGCGAGCAGACAGGAAGAAAACGAACCAUUAUUGAACAAUCAUUGUCAAGAUGAAUAUCAUGAGGAAGAAGAAAUUAUACCAACUGCCCCUCCUGUACACGCUGUAGCAAAUAUCCAACAUGCAGAUCUUGGUCCACCUUCAGAACCUCCCCCAUUUGAUGCGACACCUCCCCCGCCUGUCAUGCCGGGAGAGGACCCUCCGCCAUACACCCCCGGACCACCAGGAGCUAUGCCCAUGAUCAACUGCAGAGUUUGUCAAGCUAUGAUCAGCUUGGAAGGAAAGCUGCAUCAACAUGUUGUCAAGUGCAGUGUGUGUCUAGAGGCAACGCCAAUAAAGGAAGCACCACAAGGAAAGAAAUAUGUCAGGUGUCCAUGUAAUUGCCUUCUCAUCUGCAAGGCAUCAUCAAAGAGGAUUGCGUGCCCGAGGUCGAACUGCAAACGCAUCAUCAACCUCCAGUCUACGGUGUUCCCUGCGAACGCCAGUGCUCCAUCAACUCUUACUACCAUAUCUGGCUACAGAGUGGUAUGUGCUCACUGCAACCAGUGGUUUAGGUUUCCUCACCACUAUGCCUUGGCCAGAUGUCCGUACUGCCGGAAAGUUUCAUCAGUUGGGCCAAGUUAUGCCAAGAAUCGUUGCAUAGUUUACGCUGUGUUGGGAAUCGUCUUUCUGGCUGCAGGCAUUGGAGUCACUAUUGGAACAGUUACAUUGGCGCGAGAGCAAGGAGGAAUUUACUUUAUAUGGAUUGGUGCCUUUAUUGUGGCCAUCUUGAAUUUCAUGAGGUCUUGCUACUAUGGCAGCAUGAAAGUGAGCAACAUAGAGACCGAAUGAAGGCACUUGAUCAUCAACGGCAGCAAGAAUAUGAAUCUAAAGGUCAUUCUCACCAUGAUUUACACUCCUACGUCGCUCUUAAAAAUGUUGAAGCAUCACAUGAAGCUUUAUGGGAGUUCAUCGUGUAAACGAAUCCAACCAUUUAGUGACAUCAAAGAAUGCUCUUUGUAAUGAUUACAAGCUUUGAAUCACUGGCUUUUUAAAAACCAACACAAGUGAUUUUACAUCAGGUGAAUGCCAUGUAGGAUUAUAAAAAGACAUUUUGACUAACUUCUACCAAUUUAUCGAUCAAAUUACUGAUGAAAGCAGUUGUUAUUUGUCAAUGAGUGAUAUUGUCUUGCUGGUCAUAUGGGAUAUUAUGAAAUGCCCCACAUGAACUCAAAUGUUUUAUGUAUGAUAGUAUCUGUUUCCUAUAAAUAAUUCCUUGUUGAGUGGAUGGGGAAUGGAGUGUUACUCAGACUUUUGUAUUGUAUGACACUGUAUCAACUGUGCAAAGGAAUAUAUAUGUAUGAUAUUGUCUUAUUAGUACAUUUAGGCAUAAAACUACUUCAAAAUAUCCCUUUUUUAUCCUUUAUAAAUACAUAAUCUGCUGAUUUCAACUGUCUCUUAU